AUGCUCGUCAACUCCAUGCUCGUCACAGGCCUUGUGGCCGCCACCCAGGUGGCUGCCUCGCCGUGCAAGCCGCCUCCCAAGUACAAGCCCAUUGAAAGCAUCCAGCUUGGUCCUCGCCCCUACUGGCUCGUCGACGAUAUGAACGACAGCCCCGUGAAGAAGCAGCUUGAGGAGUGCAAGGCCAUCAAGGAGUUCAAGCCCUCUGCUUGGAGCAUUGCCCACCGUGGCGGCGGUACCCUCUUCAUGCCCGAACACUCUGUCGAGUCCAACCUCGCCGGCGCCCGCAUGGGCGCCGGCGUGCUCGAGUGCGACGUCGCCUUCACGAGCGACCGCCAGCUCGUGUGCCGCCACUCGCAGUGCGACCUCCACUACACGACCGACAUUGUGACGCACCCGGAGCUCAACGCCAAGUGCACGACGCCCUUCGCGCCGGCCAAGGACGGCAAGCCGGCGACGGCCAAGUGCUGCACGUCCGACAUCACGCUCGCCGAGUUCAAGACGCUCUGCGCGCGCAUGGAGGGGGCCAACACCAAGGCCACGACGGCCAAGGAGUACCUCCUCGGCGCGCCCAUCUGGCGCACCGAGCUCUACGGCAACUGCGGCACCGUGCUGACGCACAAGGAGCACAUUCGCAUGACGGACGAGCUCGGCCUGCAGUUCACGCCCGAGCUCAAGAACCCGUCCGUCGACGGCGUCGCCAUGCCCUUUGACGGCGACUACACGCAGGAGGACUACGCCCAGCAGCUCAUCGACGAGUACAAGCAGGCCGGCAUCGACCCGCGCCGCGUCUGGCCCCAGUCGUUCCACUACCCGGACAUUCUCUACUGGCUCGACAGCGAGCCCGCCUUCGGCGCGCAGGCCGUCUACCUCGACGAGAACGGCGAGACGGCGGCCACGUUCCCCAACGCCGUCGCCAACCUGACCAACUACAAGGCCGACGGCGUCAAGAUCGUCGCGCCGCCGCUGCCGUACCUCGUCACCCUCGACGACAAGGGCAAGAUUGUGCCGAGCGCCUACGCCACCAAGGCCAACGAGCUCGGCCUCAAGAUCAUCACCUGGUCCCUCGAGCGCAGCGGCGUCCUGAGCGACGGCACCAAGGGCGGCUACUACUACACCACCAUUGCCGACGCCAUCAAGACCGACGGCGACGUCUUUGAGCUGCUGCAUGUUCUCGCCAAGGACAUCGGCGUCCUGGGCGUCUUCUCCGACUGGAGCGCCACCGUGACGUACUAUGCCAACUGCCUUGGUCUUUUCUGA